GGGCCCAUGGGGCUGCCGUGGGGGUAAGGAGCGGUGUGGGGGGGCUCGGUGGUGACCCCAUCCCCUUCCCCUCACACCUCCAGCCAUGGAGGCGGGCGCGGGCGGGCGCAAGGAGCGGCCAAAGCCGCGGGAGCCGGCGGCGCGGCUGGAGAGGGCCCGGCAGAGGGCGGCGCAGCAGGAGCUCAAGCAGCGGCAGCGGGCGGAGAUCUAUGCCCUGAACCGGGUGAUGACGGAGCUGGAGCAGCAGCAGUUCGACUCCUUCUGCAGGCAGAUGCAGGCGUCGGGCGAGGUUGGAUAUGGAGAGGAAUGAAGGGAGAUGCUGGUGGAGGAGGAGGUGGAGGAAGGCUUUAGUAGGCGUUAGGCAGGGGUUGGACUUUGCAGCUCCAGAUGGCAAAGGGGAACACGAUGUAGGACAUGGACC